AUGGCGGUCGCGGCGCCGCGCCUCAUACAGCAGGUGCUGCCGGAGCAGCUCCAGGCGGCGGCCGCGGAGCUGACGCCCUACUUUGUGGAUUCCUUCGGCAACUCCACGCGCAUCGACUACGGCACCGGCCACGAGACGACGUUUGCGGCGCUGCUGUACUGCCUGGCCGCGCUGGGAGUGGUGGGGGACGAGGACCGGGUUGCAUUAGUCAACGUGGUGUUUGAGAAGUACCUGCGUCUGAUGCGCACCGUCCAGACGACGUACUGGCUGGAGCCUGCCGGGAGCCACGGGGUGUGGGGCCUGGAUGACUACCAGUUCCUGCCCUUUGUGUGGUGA